AUGCUAAACUCUAGCGUCGGGCUGUGGGCUUCCAACCGUUUUUCCCACGGUGACAUUGGUCAGGCCUCAUUCCGUCCAGCGGGAUCGGCCAGCCUUGCGGAGAACAGAGCUCUGGCAGCGGGUGGGAUGGCACCUUGCCUACCUGAGGUUGUUUCCUUCCACCUGCAGUCCUUCACACUGCGAUUUUUUCGACUUUUCCUCCCACGCGGCCCUCCAGGCUCCACCACGUCCAGCCACCAACCACAUCUCGGUGCUCAUGGCCUCAAGGUUCAACGUUCCUCCUGCAUCCUCUCUCACCUCGCCUUUCUCCUACUGCUGAAUCGACACCCUUCCGACCUCUCCAGCCCAGCACCAGAGGAAAAUAAGCUCCCGUCUCAGAGAUUUCUGUCUCCCCCGAGUUGCCUCUUCCAUCUGCUGUCACAACGCACUCACUCACCCAUUCAUACCUUACUCGGUACUCAUUCCGCCGCCCAACCCCAUCGGAGAUUCCCCCGUGCCUGCAGCCUCUUUGCUUUUGCGCCUGCUUCCUUCCUUCCAUUCCCACCCCGCCUUCCUGCCACUCUGGAUAUCUGCUCUUACCCUCUCAUUUGGACCUCCAAACAAACCAACCAACCCAGCCCUUGCCUCGUCAACCUCACACAAGCUUCUUCUGCCCGUUUCGCGCAAGCCUUGCCAUCUUCGACAUCAGCAAGCUUCCACAGCUGUCGUCGCAUCGCCCACUCGCAUCUUCAGGCCACCCCCGAGUUCCAGGCUACUGCCGCCGACCUCUCGCCCUACUGUCCAUCUCCCCUCCACUCCGCCGCUCCAGCCGUUGUACCUGCUCUCCAGGAUACUGCUGAUAUCCUUGAUGCAAUGACCGCCCACACUAAUGGAGUCGCUCAAGGCGACCUAGAAGCACCUGCACGUGCACCAAUUUCGACCGAGUCGUAUGCGCAAGCUGCCGCGGACAACGCAGACGCCGAAGACGACGUCGACAGCCUGGACGAUGCCUACGGCGAGGAAGAGGAGACACACACGGACAAGGUUCAGGAACAGCAGGUGGAGCCAGAUGCCGGCGAGGAUGAUUAUCUCAAGAUCUUCGACUCUCCUCCUCGGGACGCGGAUCAAGAUGGCGCGGAAGAGGAUGAUGUAUCAAAGGCACCAGAAUCCAUUCACAAUUCCGCCGCUCCUGAUUCUUUGACAAGCCCUUCGCAAGUGGCCCCCUCCACCGUCGCUGCCGCUGAUUCCUCGUCGGCCACUGCUACUGCUGCAGAACACUCAGCCAAAUCCGCGCCUUCCCAACCAGCUGCCGCCCACCAAGGAGCUGAUUCAAGCGCGCCUCAUUCGACUGCCAACGACGCCUCCUUCAACGCACGCAAUGACAAUGCUCCCGAGGAUGACCCCGCCGUUGAUAUCUCUCGCCUUGUUGCUGAGAUGACAGGCCAGGCGAGCGAGUCCAGCAACAACCAAUCUCCCACUGGCUCUACUCAGAACCAUGAUGCUCAGCCAUCGUCCAACUUGACCUCGUCUGCGUCUGCCACUCUUCCUCCCAGACCUCCGUUGCCUCAACAGGCGGCUCCCACAUAUCCAUCUGAAGACUAUCGAGGCUUCCCUCCUCAGACCGCUGCUUCUCAUGUCUCUUCCAACAUGAUUGCUCCGCCCACGUCAGGUCAACCAUCUGCUUACGUAGCUACGGGUGCUCCCGGUGCCCCUAGUACCGCAUCCGACGUCUAUGGCAGCCUCCCACCUCCACCCGCCAACGGUUUGAACGCGGCCAUGUCCAUCACUUCAAUGAACGCGCCUCCCUAUCCCAUCCCUGGCGGCUACCCGGCCGGCCCGACGGACGAUACUGCUGACCGCCAGAAGCUUUGGGACACUUUCGUAAACGACGAGCGCCGUUACAUGGCUGAUGCCAAAUGGGAUAAAUUCCCCGAUGGCUCACGCAUCUUCAUUGGUUCGCGCUCUCUCUCAUCAGGCAGACCCGACGGCGCCAUUGACUUCUUUUCAGGCAACCUGUCGAGCGAACGCGUUUCCAAGCGGGAUGUCUUUGAUAUCUUCCACAGAUACGGCCGUCUCGCCCAGAUCUCACUCAAGUCCGCCUAUGGCUUCGUCCAAUAUCACAACCUCGAAGAUGCCCAAGCUGCCAUGGACAGCCUGCAGGGCAGCGAAAUCAAGGGUCGCAAGAUUCAUCUGGAAAUCUCACGCGCCCAAAAGAAAAAGGACGGCAACGAGAGGAACCGCUCGCCAGACCGUGGCGGUCGUGGAGGCCGACAGUCAGGACGUCAAGAUCGUCAUGACGGAGCCAACUCACACCAUGACAACCGUCGUAACCGCGAUGAUUACAGGCCGGGACGUAACAGCCCUCCCCGACGUGGCCAUGGCCGUGAGGAUAGUCACGGUCGGGAUCGUUACCAGCAGGACUCUCAUGACCACUCCCGCGGUCGUUCGCGGUCCCCGCAGGGAUAUGCCCGCCACAACGAUGGAUACCGCCGGCGUAGCCCCAGCCCGCCUGCGGCUUAUGGUCGUCCUUCUGCAGCCGACGACCGCCUCGACAUUCCUCGCCGCUACGGCAAUCAGGUUCCUGACGUUCAAUUCUUGCUCCUCCAGGAUCUUAGCCGCGACUUCAUAACCUGGGUUCAGCGCGGUUUCACCGAUCGCGGCCUGAAGGUUGACGUCAUGUUCCUCCACCCAAGUUUCCCUCGUGAGGCUAUUGUCCAACGCCAAGUCAUCGAAGGCGUACACGCCAUUGUCGAUCUCGACAUACAGACACAGAACAUGGGUAAGAUCCCGCUCCGAGUCUUUGACCGCUCCGGAGGCGUCAGUGCCCGAUACGACGAUUACCGAGACAUCGAUCCGCCGAUCGCGGCAGAGCUCGUCCUCCGGGCCAAGUCACAAGCUGUGCCGGCGGCACCUUAUCAGAGUGCCCCGCCUCCCCAGCCUCAGUACCCGGGCUACGGACAGCCUUAUGGAGGGCAGCCCGUACAUCCUCAGGCACCUGCUUAUCACGGAGGCCAGGGGCCGCCACGGGGGCCUCCUGUCCAACAACCUCAACCACCAGCGGGAGUGCCAGCCGACCUCGCCAGCAUGAUGAGUGGUAUUGAUAAUGCGACCUUGCAACGGUUGCUGGUUAGUUUGAACCCACAGGGUGGACCGGCGGCUGUCAACAAUGCUGCCGGUGCUGCAAACGCCCAGCUGCAAGCCCUUAUGGGUGGUCUUCAGCAAGCGCCGCCUGCGGCACCAACGCAGCCUGCCUCGUAUGGCGGACAGGCCUUUGCUCCGAAUGGCGCCCCACCCCCGAAUGGCCCGAACGGCCACCCUCCUGCAACUGGCACCGGUGAUUCCGCAGUGCAGGUUCAGAAUAUCAUGGCACAGCUUGCCAGAUAUCGGCAGUAA